AUGAGCUCGACAAUUAUAGCAAGUCUUUCCAGGAGGAACAUCUCUGCUACAGCUCCAUUCGUGAUUGACGUUUCCAAAGACCCGGCGCCUAGGGUCAUCGCUUCGAUAUGGGCCAUGAUUUCGAUAUCGUCUGUUUUUCUGUUUUGUCGUGUUUAUUGCAAAAAGAUCAGAUCCCGUGGCUUGUGGAUCGAUGACUACUUUUUGGUGGCGUCUUGGACAUUCCUGCUAGUCUCGACGUCUCUCACCACAGAGCUCAUGAGACUCGGGUUUGGAAAGUCGCUAGAUUUCUCAGCGCAUAUUUUUACUCUGUCGUCUGUCAACGUCGUCAUGAACAAGGUCGCCUUGGCCCUCAGCAAAACGUCUUUUGCGGUCACAAUGUUACGCAUUGCGUCUGGGAAAUUGAAAUUUUUUAUUUGGUUCCUGAUCUUAUCCAUGAACGCAGUCUUGGCAACUAGUGCUGUCGUCGCUUGGAAGGCGGCCUGCGACAGACCGUCGGACUCUUAUGAAGCUGUCCUACCAGGAUCCUGCUGGCGAGUUGAGGAUUCGGUCGUUAUGCACAUGGUAUCAAAUGCAUACUCGGCACUAGUCGAUUUCAUAUUGUCUCUGCUCCCAUGGCCGAUGAUAUGGAGACUAGCCUUGAAGCGCCAUGAGAAGAUUGGUGUAGCCGUAGCUAUGAGCCUCGGCGUCAUUGCAGGUUUGGUCGGGGUGAUUAAGGUUGUCAAAAUAGUGACCAUCGCCGAAGGCGCAGAUAUACCAUAUCGCCUGUCUCUGCUCUUCAUUUGGGGACAAGCUGAGAUCAACGUUACAAUCGUUGCGUCAUCUAUCCCGGUUCUUCGAGUACUGUUCUCUGAAAUGUACGCAACGACGAGGACGGAUGGAAGAAAUGGAUACUUGAAGUCGGAUGGACAGAGUGCCUUUCCAACGGAAAUUGGCAUGAGCACUCUAGAGGAGGGAAGGAAGAUAGAACAAGAGACGAACCGGAAUGUUUUGCUUGCCAUGGGGCCAUCGCCGACUACCGACUCCGCCAUGAGAGCUCGCGAGACUGAAAUUGGAUACAACGCAAUGGACGAGAUUACGCAGGGAACACAGAGGCAUACAUUGAGGAGCUCUGAAAGCUACGAGGGAAUUGAGCUGGCGAGAGCCCUGAGGUGA